GUUAUGCUCAACUCUUGUGUGAAUUUAACUUACUUAACUCCCUAUAUAAUUUUCAUAUCAACAGUCGCAAAGGUUCUGUAUUAGCGAUUUUUUCCUUCUUUUUUUUUGUUUUGUUUUCUUUUUCUGACCAAGAACCUCUUGUAUCGGAGGCUUUGUGCUACAUUUUUUCUUCGCAUUUUUGUUUAUAUUCAUUAUAGAAGGGUGACUUCAAAUCUAAAGAAAUGUCGUUAAAAGUAUAUCUUGAUUAUCAAGAUCCUUAUGUUGAACCGAAAAUAAAGAGUGCAAUUCAACGCUACUAUCCAAGUUCACAAUUUGUAUCUGAUGGAAAGGAUGCAGACUUGCAGUGGGCUCAAUAUGAACUUUUAGACUUUGAUGCAGCUUUGGCUAACUCCUCGUCGUUAUUGUGUUCUUAUGUUAUUCGAAAAGCAUUGAUUAGAAAACAAUAUCUAUGGCAUUCCGUUCUCUCUUACACAACAAAACAUCCGGACUCUAUUUUAAAAAAAGUUAUUCCAGAAACCUUUACUUUAGAACUGGAUUACGCCGAGUUUCUUGAUGAUGCCUUAAUGGAGUCUUACGAAUUGCGACAAGAACUGGAGAUGAAUGAGGCUAGACCAGCAAAUGAACGAGAUUGGUAUAUUUUAAAACCGAGCAUGUGCGAUAGGGCGCAAGGAAUUCGCUUGUUUUCUACAAUUGAUGAGCUUCAGGCCAUUUUCGACAGUUUCGAUGAGGAAAGCGAGGAUGAAGAAAACACAGAAGAGAACGACUCAACCGGUAACAAAAAGUUAGGAAAAAUUGUCAUUAAUCAAAUCCGAAACUUCAUUGCUCAAAAAUACAUCAAGGCUCCUUUGUUGCUGAAUAACAAAAAGUUUCAUAUACGUGCAUACGUUGUUGCAUUCGGGUCCCUGAAGGUUUACGUGAAUAAGGAAAUGCUCUGCUUGUUUGCCCAAAACGAUUACGUGAAACCAACUUCUGACACGAAUGUUUUACUGUCACACUUAACGAAUACUUGCAUUCAGGAAGCAGGCCGUUCCCACUCAGUACAAGCCUUUUGGGAUUCGGAAGUACCCAACAAGGAUGAUAUAUUUAAAAAGAUCCUCCUAGUUGUUGGAGAAGUAUUUGAGGCUGCUGCUGUUACACAGUCUUUGCACUUUCAGACAUUGGAUAAUGCUUUCGAGAUAUUUGGCGUGGAUUUGCUAAUUAGCUCUGAUCAAACAGUUUCUCUUCUGGAAGUAAACGCAUAUCCAGACUUUCGACAAACCGGUGACCAGCUUUCAGGUGUCAUCGAGCGCCUCUUUUUGUCUGUGAUGAAGACUAUUGUUUGCCCAUUUUUUCAAACACAUGGUCAUGAAACAAUCACAACAUCAGAAGACAAAAACGAGGAAAAUACACUUGUUCUUUGUAGGGAUCUUCAAACGAGAGGGGCCUGGUGAGUGUAUCAUCUCUACUGCUGGUUUAAAAAGUUAUAGAUUCGAAUUAUUUAAUUUUUACUUUUUAUUUUUGGAAAACGGUACAGAUGCUUACUACUAAAUUGUAAGAAUUCAAAUAAAUAAACCACUUUACAUGGCGUUUUUUGUAAACAGCUAGCUUACCUGCUUCAUACUUUUUAAUUGCGUGGAUAAA